CUGAGCUAUUUUCCUGUUGUUUCUGAAUGUCGGUUUCAUUUAGUUGAGGCCGGUUUAUAAAAGCCUAAACUCCACUCGUAGCUUCUCUAUUUCAUUUCUUAUCACUAAGAAGCCUGAACGAUGUAAGAAAACUGAUCUGAAGUCUGAAGUAAGAGAAUAUCGUGGUACCGAUGUGUUUUUGACAUAUCCAAUAAUUUGUCACCUUUUAAUUUAUUCGCUUAUCAAGCUAAUAUUCACCCCUUAAGACAAGAUCAUCUUCAAGAGAAGCAGGACUUUACUCCAGCAUUCAGAAGGAAAAGGGAUGGAAGGAUCAAAAUUAUUUUUAAUUCUCCAAUUAUGGCUUCAUUGCAAUAUCAUCCACGCUUGUACUUUAGGGCCGUGCUUGUACUUUAGCGUUGGGAAUACCAUAAAUAGUAUCAAGCUGUCCGUUGGGCCAACCACUUCUACUGUUGUAGUGCAAGACAUUGGACGGGUUUUUGCCAUUGCAGUGGACGUGGAAGACAACUUUAUCUAUUGGAGUGAUUUUGGGAUUGGUACUAUCAAAAGAAUGAAUCUUCAAACGAACAAAAAAGAAAACGUAGCGGAAAGUGUCGGUAAAGUGGAAGGAAUAGCCAUAGACUGGAUUGAUAAAGACAUCUUUUGGACAGACACAACCAACAACCGAAUAGAAAAGGCAAAGGUUGACGGAAGUGACAGAAAGAUACUGUUUGAUAGAGACAUUGACCAGCCUCGAGGUAUUGCUGUUGAUUUGGUCAAUGGGUACAUCUUCUGGUCAGAUUGGGGGUCAAAUCCUAAAAUUGAAAGAGCCACCUUAGAUGGGAAGGAAAGAGUCAUCAUUGUGGAAGCGAGCUCCAGCACCCCCUUGAAGUGGGUAAAUGGUGUAAUAGUAGACUAUGCUGACCCAGAAAGCGUAAUUUAUUGGGUCGAUGCUGGUCUGGGUGUGGUCGGCAGAGCUGAUCUGGACGGACGCAAUCGAAAACUAUCAAAAAACUUAACGAACAGUAUUUUGUUCGCUAUAGCACUUCACAAUGAAACCUUGUACUUGUCUGAUAAUACAGCAAAGACAAUUAGGUUGGUGGACAAAAAAAGCCUGAAAUAUCUUGGAAAACUCGACUUGUCUUUCCCAGAAAUACUUGGAAUUACUGUAUUAGAUGGAUCAAGGCAACCCUUAAAUCUGGUAGCAGUCAGCAUUACCUUGGAAAUGAAAAUGGAAGAGUGGGAGGAAGAGAAAUUUAAACAAGCAGUCGUGAAAGGGAUAAGAGACUACUGCUAUGAGGAUGCAUGCAGUUACAAUUCAAGAAAUACAACCAUUGCAGGGAAAUUAUGCAGCACCUUUCCAAAUGACUCCAACGCCGGUUCAGUUCAGAUCAGGGUCCUAAAGAAACCUGGAGAGUUUUUAGUUUUAAAUCAAACUAAAGUGGUUUUUUCACUUAUUCUUCAAACCCAAUCCAAUUCAACCCGUUCGGUUGUGAAAAACAACACUUUGGAUUAUGUUGUACAAAAGAGUGUCUACUAUAUCAGCAAACACUUAGGUGGUUACAAGGUUGUCUAUGUAAAUAGUAAACCUCCAUCAUUCGAACAAUUUUGUGAUGUUACGGGAAACAAGGAGAACCGCAAUGAAAAGACCAUUGCCUCAAUAAUAGCAGGAAUAAGCAGUGGAAUCAUUCUCUGGGUGGUUAUCGUUAUUGCUGGCAAAAAAAUUCGGCGGCGCAGGCGGGGAAAUCAGGAAGCCCAGGGGAGAGAUAGUGAGGAAGCCGGAAGGGAACAAGAGAACCCCUAUGAAGAAAUCCCAGAUGUAGCUGUUGACACCAGAAAUGGUAACCCAAACGAUAACCGCACAAACCAUAUAGGGGUUACGGAGCAGCCUCAGGCGAACAAUUUCGAAGUGGAGAAUCAAAUCAAUUCCGGAAACGAAGAAAUAAACCUAAACAACUUUAUCAAGGGUCAUAAAAAUACAGGUAACAGAGGAAAGAAAUCCACCAACUUCACACUUGGUUGCUGGAAAAAUAAGAAUUUGGAAAAAAGCAAUGAAAUACACGUAAACCCCUCAAAUAAGAAGACAGACGGGCAGUGGUUUGGUGGAAUCAACAAGAAUGAUGAUGGGAAAGAAAAGCAUAUGUCCACGCCGUCACCUUUUCCUGACACAAAACGUGGUGCUGGAGAUGGUGGUGGGCUCAACAAUAGUGGUUACGCGUGCAAUGCAUGAUUUCCGGUGGAGCAAUGUCAAGUUCACGGACAGCGAAGUAAGAAUGGCUUCUCGAUUCGCUUCAUCGACCCAGCAAGAAAUUGAGAAAUUACUUGAGGAUAAAGAUUCAGAAAAUACUAAAAGCCAGAGAUCGACAAAAGUGGCGGAGGAGCUGUUCUAAUUUCUUUAAAACAAUGUAUGAUAAAACAAUUAUUGGAUUCGGUUUUUUUUUUACCACACAGUUGUACAUUUUAAGUGUU